UUUCGAGGAGUACUGGCGUACGGUAGCAUUCGUCGGCGGAGACACGCCAAAUCGCUAAUCACAAGCGCACUUUAGCAUCAUGCCGUCAAUGAUGACGGAACCACCGAAAUGAUUGAGCGGAGCACCUAAUCCCCAACAGCUAUUGACAAAAAGCGCCACGUUAGCACAAGCACGAUCCUGUGUUUCGUUAAAAAAAAAAAAAUGCGAUUAGGGAAUCGCGAUUACUAUUUUGUUUUUGGGAACCACGAUUACUAGAUUCAAUUAGAGGAGCUAACAGAGCAAGAAUAAUCACGCUACCGCUGCUUGGCCCGUCGGAUAGUAAACACGAAUCACAGAUUGGCGGUGAAGUUGUCAUUUUGAACCUGUCGUGAUUCAUCGAUCUAUUUGGAGUGAGCGCAAUCUCAGAUUGAAAUCGUCAAAUCACUGCCCUUUUCGAAGAAAGAGAAAGAAAGUGGGCGAUGGUGGGAUUGGGAUGAGGAUAAAGAAGAAGGGCAAGCGAGAGGGCUAUGGCGAGAAUUGAGUGGGGGCUUCAAGGAAGAGGGAAGUGGGUUUGCUCGUACAAGAAAACUGCUAUCAUAGUUUGCUUUUUCAACAUUGCGGUUGCUCUCUACUUUCUUCGCACUCUUUAUGCCUCUCUUUAUAUCUACUCGGGGAACGUUUCGCGAAGCAUUGUCCCGUAUACUUCGGACCAGAUUCGGAAAAUGGAAGAAUCAAUCCAAAUCCGUAAGGCAUAUAAACCCCAGGAAUUGGUUAAAUGGGUUAAGGUACUGGAAGGGGAGUUAUCAAGAGAAGAGAGGGGGUCUCAGUUGCCUCAGCAUUUAAGACAGAAAAUAAUGGAUGAGAUAUUGCUGACGCUGAGGAGCUUGAAUUCUACUGCCACGAACACUACCCGGAAUAUUGCCAUGGAGCAAGAAGCAGUUGAAAGUUGGCGUGAGGAAAAACUGAAGGAAGCUAAGUUGGCUCUUGUGCAAUCGACUUCUAACUCAACCGUUGCUCGUAAAGAGGCAGGGAUGCUAGUAAGAGCUCUGGAGUCUGAUUGGCUUGCGCUUUCUGAAGAAAUUGGCCUCUGGAUGCCUGGUGAAGUUGCUAAUGAGGAACAUGAUGAUAAACCUGAGGGUGAAGUAGAUUUUGAGGAGGAAAUUCUUCCUGGCAGGCCCAUGCCUCCGGAGUGCCAUCCUGAACUUCACACAGAUUAUGAUGGUGUGGCAGUAAGAUGGGGUCUUACCCAUCACAAAGAUAGUGCAGCUGAUUGCUGUCAGGCUUGCUUGGACCAAGCAAGAAAUGCCAAAGAAGGUGAACGGAAAUGUAAUAUUUGGGUUUAUUGCCCAUCUGAGUUUGGUUGUCAUUCUCCAGAUAUCUAUCAGCACAAACAUCAAGAGUGCUGGCUGAAAUAUUAAAUUUUCUUGGACUUUACAAAUGUAACUACUGGUUUGGCCUACUUACAUUCUUCCUGAUCAUGUUCCUUCUUGUUUUCCCUCUGUCUAAUAUAGUCUUCCUGAUGAUCUGAUGCCAGGCUGAGAAGCCACGACUAAAUUUUAAGUAUAAGUAUCCUGAAUCAUAUCGAAACUCCCACCCAUCUGCACCAGUGAUUGUUCCAUGGGCCUCUGGAGUGGUUGGGGCAUGAGUUGAUUAACCAACACUGAAGUUAUUAUGAUCAACUGGAGUCACUCUGUGGGUACAAGCACAGAAAGCUAUCAGGCAAAGCCUUUGUCAUGUAUGCCUCCCAUCACACUUCUGUUCUCCAUCGCGUUCUUUGUUAAAGAAAUGAAAUAGGAUACAUUCUUUCUGUCUCUUUCACUGUUACUAUAUAUAUAUUUUGGGGUUUUUUUUUGGGGGGGGGGGAUGGUGGGGGAAUCAUUGAGACAUGGAUGGUCAUUUAGGAUUAGACACGAUUUUUGACAGGCACGGAGGCAAGGUGACUUGACAGAGUUGUUCUGUUGUGAACUGCCUGAUAAUAUUAUUCAAUUUGUCUUCGGGAUGCAGAACCCUACUCUUGAUGUAACUCUUGAUGGCGAUGUUGAUAGAGAACUUAGGAUGGGAAUAUAUGGUACACCAACUAAGCUAGGUGCACCAGGACAGUGAGUAUUCAUAUCUAGUGAACUCCACCUUUUUGAGUUUUGACACAUUUUUCAUCGGUUUGGUGCAACUCUCUUGAGCAGGCAUUAGAAUGAAUCAUGUUAUUGGUA